AUGAAUGAAAUGCAAAUUAAAAGACUUCAAAAAGCCCUCGAAGAAAAACUCCCAAAGAUAAACAUGCAGCAGCAGCAGCAGCAGCAGCAGCAGCAGCAAGCGGCAGCAGCGGGGCAGCAAGCGGAUACAAGUACAACGCCCCAGCAGCAGCAGCAGCGGCAGCGACGCCGGAGGAAGCCGCAGCAGAAGCAGAAGCAGCAGCAGCAGCAGCAGCAGCAUGAGAGCACAGAGAGCCUCAUUCUGCUGCUGCAGUUUAGAAGGCAUUAG